GAGAGCGAGCGUUUCUUUCGACCGCUCUCUCUCUCUCUCUCUCUCUCUCUCUUGCGUUCGUGUUUCGUUUACGUUGUCGACACCAAAAAUGGCGGAUUCGAUCUCCUCAGAUCUCCUCCUCCCCCUCGAAGAAGGCGAAGAAGACGAAGAAGCGCGCCUCGAAUCCGUAGAUCCGCUCCCCUUCCGUCGCACCGGCGACGGCGAUCCGUUCGUCCCCGUAUUCUCCGCUGAUCCCUACGAAUCGGAAUCCGAUUCCGAUUACUCCGAUCGCCACGCCCCUCUGUCCCUCGAUCUGUUCAAUCGCCGUUGCCCUUUUCCUCACAUCGCGAUGGAUCCCUUCCCCGAACCCCACGACGAGGUAGGAUCGAAUUCCUUGGGUUUGAAUCUAUCUCUAGGUUUAGGGGGUGAUGAGAGCGGUGGAGAAUGGGAUGAGGAUGGAGAUCGGAUUGUGGUGGCGGCGGAAGCGGCCGUUUCGGAUUGGGGAGGCGAUGAUUUCUUUUUGGGGAGGAGGGGGAAUAGCUUCGCAUCUGAAUCCAUCGAGUUUUCGAGAUCCCGCCCUGUGGAUUCCGAGGGUUUGAGAAUCGCUGCGUUCGACUCCGACUCCGAUUCCGAUUCCGACGGGCAGAUAGUCGCCAUCGGGGCGGAUUCGGAUUCCGAGAGCAUCGAAGACCGUGAUGCUAUGCCGGAGGAUCUCGGCAUCCCUCUGUGUUGGGAUUGCCUCCAAAUCGAGGAUCAGAGGAGAGAUCCCAACGAGGAUUUCGAGUGGGAGGAGGUGGAUGGCCGGGUCGAUGAGAGGGAUGUUCUUAGCAUCACAAUCGUCGGCAAUGGCAGCGGAUCCGACGAGGUUGGGGAAUUGGAUCAAGAGGACGCGGAUCUCGAGGAGGAUGCGGUGCGAAAUCUUGAGUGGGAGGUUCUCUUGGCGGUGAACAGCAUGGGAAGAAAUCCAAGGGAUCCUGAUGAUGUAGAAGCCUACUUUGUGGAUGACCACGAGGGUUUCGUUUACGCCUCGGAUUACGAGGCUUAUGAGGUCUUAUUCGGCCAGUUUGUGGGCCACGACAGCCCUGCCAAAGGAAGCCCUCCGGCUGCCAAGUCGGCAGUUGAGAGCCUCCCGUCGGUCGUGCUGACGGAAGAGGAUCUUGCUAAGGAUGGCAUCCAAUGUGCGGUUUGUAAAGACGGGAUAUUGGUCGAUGAGAGGGUUAAACAGCUUCCAUGCUCGCAUCAUUUUCACGAGGAGUGCAUAUUACCUUGGCUCGGAAUGAGGAACACAUGCCCUCUUUGUCGCUAUGAAUUGCCUACCGAUGAUCCUGAAUAUGAGAAGUGGAAGGCGAGAAGUGCCAGUGGUAAUGCACCUCAGGAUGAAUUUUCUGUGCUAGUAUGAAUUGCCGACGCAUAAUCCUGAUAUUCAGAGGUAAAAUCUGAACGGAUUUUAUUUCAGGUUUUGUUUUUGAAAUAUUACCUGAAAUUUAGGGCUAGCAUACGCAGUUUAAAGAAUGAGGUAAAGACGGCGGAUAUCUUUUUCUUGUAUGACUGUCAUACAAUUUGUUGGCUAUUCUGUUUGUUUCUUCUUUCUUUUGCAGAAAAUAUAGUGCUAAUUACUACUUCUAUUAGAGGUUUCCCAUGGGACAGGGUAUUUGUUAUAUUGUUGAAUACUGAUAAAUUUCCUAAUAGCUUUGUAAGGCUGUUAUAUUUUAUGUUACAUUAAACAUUAUAGUACCUGUUGCUUGAAUAUGAGGUCUAUUUGAUCAACUGAAGAAGUUUUCUGGUGGUGCGGUUGAAGGUCACCUUUUUCUUGGAUAAGAACUCACCUGGGAUAUUCUCCGCUAUAACAGCUUUUUGCUAUAAAUUAGUGAGUUCAUUUCUCAUGCUUUGGAUUAAUGAUUUGCAUAUCAUGGUGUAAUAAAAUAUAUUGGUCUAUUGGAUC